AUGCCAGCCCCGUCUAUUCUCCCUCGUUACCUCUACAAAAUCGUCCCUGAGGCACCGCCGUCCCCGCUGCCCACUGAGUAUCCUCUCUCCGAUCUGGACCGCAAUGACGGCUUCAUUCACCUGAGCACGGCCGAGCAGGUCCUCGGGACAGCAGACCGCUUCUUCGCGGCCUCAAACACCCUCUACUUGCUCAAGCUCCCCUACGCAUCUCUCGAGAAGGGCAUCCAGUGGGACGAUCUCCCAUCGGGCGACGGCUGCUUCCCGCACCUGUACGGGCGCAACUUUGGCGCCGCCGACAUUGAGGAAUCGCGGGGCUUCACGAGGGGCGAGGGCCAGGUCUGGAGUGAGCUUCUCAAGGGCGAUGCGUGGCUUGCUUAA